AUGACAACUCCUGUUGAAUUAGCUCCUCCACUUUCCGGUAGAGAUGCAGUGGCUGAUGCUCUUUAUAGAUACCUUCUAGGUUGCGACACGUCAAACGUGGAGCUUUUUGAUUCAAGCUUUACAGAGAAUUCUACGUUUACUUUGAACGGUCAGUCGUCGAAAGGCCUGGCAGAGAUCAGAGCUAACGUGUACGAUAGAAUCUCCAAGCUGGACACUACUCACUCAUUGACCAACAUUAGGAUCAAUAUUGAGAGUUCCGAAGUCGAUGCUUCCAUUACUGCAAACGCAAUCUCUCAACAUUACCGCCAGGGUAAGGGACUGGCACCAGGUGAGAGCAGCCUUUUGGUAGGAACACUAUAUAACGGUACCCUUACAAGAGACAAGGGGUCAUCUUUAUGGAAGAUUAAAGAUCUUUCUAUCAAAAUGAUCUGGGCAGAUGGCGAUUUUGCAGUUAUGGCGUGA